UAGUUUAAACAAAGCGUGGGCAUCUGCGGGCCGUGAAAGCACCCAGCCCCAGGUAUAUUUAUUGUUGUUCCAGAAUUGCACUUUAGCCACUGUUAGGGACCAAGGGAGAAGGGACAAAGUUCACAAGGCACAUGUAAGGAGGAGGGGGUGAAGAGGAGGAAGGCAAAAAAAAGAAAAUUGUCCACCCAAAGCAAAAAAGCAGGUGGAGAGCCAAACCUUCCAGGACAUGGCGGAGAAACUCAGCAAAAGAAAAAUGAAAGAAUCACUGAUCUCACUCUGAAGGACUAUAAAUAUAGCUCGGGCCCAGCGUUGCCCAUCUGGUUAUCGGCGGAGAGUGUCGUCUGUUUGUUCGGCAGGCGCUCAGCAGCAGGUAAGGCACCGGAGUCAUGGAGGGAGACAGCAGGGCCAGGGCCACCAUGAUGAGGCCCGGUCGGCUCACUGCCCUUCAGCAGCAGCUGAUCUGGGCCCUGCUGGAGUCUGGCCUGUCCCAGGAUGUCCUGGUGCAGGCCCUGGGGGAGCUGGAGCAGGAGCGGGCCAAAGGCAGCGCAGAGAGGGGAGAGAAGGUGGACGGGGAGAGUUCUGAGGAGGGGGAGAUGGACUUUCCACCGCCUAUAUUCCGAGAUCUGGAAAAGCUUCCGCCAGAAGAGGCCGUCAAGAUGCGGGCUGAAGUGGACCGGCUCCUUCAUGAGGACCCAUGGCACGUGGCUAAACUGGUGAAAAGCUACAUGCAGCAGCACAACCUUCCUCAGAGGGAGGUGGUGGAGUCUACCGGCCUGAACCAGUCCCACCUCUCCCAGCACCUCAACAAAGGUACACCCAUGAAGAACCAGAAGAGAGCUGCCCUGUACAGCUGGUACGUGAAGAAGCGGUGUGAGAUCAGUCAACGUGAGUACAAUGCUAGUCUGCUGUGUGUUUCCGCUGCGGAGUGUAACAAACUGUUUAUUCUAUCCUCAGAGUUCACCAAUGCCAAGCAUGGUCUUGCAUCUGUGGAAGACCCCGGAGAGGACAUCAGGAAAGGACGGAGGAACCGAUUCAAGUGGGGUCCAGCAUCCCUCCAGAUUCUCUUCCACGCCUAUGAGCGACAGAAGAACCCCAGCAAAGAGGAAAGAGAGGGGCUGGUGGAAGAGUGCAACAGGGCAGAGUGUCUGCAGAGAGGGGUCUCACCGUCCCAGCUCGCAGGUCUGGGAUCCAACCUGGUCACAGAGGUACGAGUCUACAACUGGUUUGCCAACCGCCGCAAAGAGGAAGCCUUUCGCCACAAACUAGCGCUCGACACGCCUUUCACCAACAACACCGCGUCUUCAUCGAAUCCCACUCUUCCUUCAAGUCCUGAGCUUGGUGUUAAAUACAGCCAGCAGAUGUCAUGUGAGCCUCUGUCUGCUGUGCGGGGGGGUGGAGGGGAAAGAGUGGGCCGCUUGGUGGCCAGUCCCGUUCAGCUGGAGCCCAGCCCCACACUCCUCGACACCCACCAUCCCAAAUCGGUGUCCAGUGGGGGGCCGCUGCCUCCAGUAAGCACUCUGACCUCCUUACACAGUCUGUCCCCCUCGCCUGCUUCCUCACAAGGACUCAUCAUGGCGUCUCUGCCCAACGUGAUGAGCCUAGGAGAGCCCUCGCUACUCAUUGGGCUGGCUUCCACACAAUCCCAGACGGUACCUGUCAUCAACAAUAUGGGCGCAAGCUUCACCACUCUGCAGCCAAUCUCCUUCCAGCAGCAGCUGCACGCCUCCAGCCAGCAGCCUCUUUCACAGCAGCUCCACAGUCACAUGAGCACCAGUCCCUUUGUGGCAACCAUGGCUCCGCUGCCAUCUCACAUCUACAACAAGUCGGACUCGCCCCAGUACCAUCCAUCCAGUCUCCUGUCUCAGGCGAUGGUCAUCACUGACAGCAGCGGUCUGGGGACACUCACCAGUCUCACCUCAGUCAGACAGAUACUUACGACAGAUCCUGACGAACAAGAAGAGUCUUUGCAUUUGCAGCCAACAUCCGUAUCAGGUUCUGCUCAGAGUCCAGAGUUGUAUUCUGCCUCAGAGGCAACAGAAAGUCAUCGGUCUCACCUGCUCUCACCUUCGCCCACCGACAUCAGCACCUACAUUCCUGCAUGAAUGGUCUCAGGAGAUGGACCUACGACAAUCCAGGGAGGAUACGGAUGGGACGGGAUUUGAAUUCAUGUUCCUGAGCUGUCCAUGUUUCAAGCACUAUUUUAGACUGACAUGAACAAGGGCUGAUUUGUUUGUUAAAAUGAAUCCAAGGAAUCAACAUAAUACAUGAAUUUUUUUUUCAAUUAAAAUAUAUUUGUUUUUCUUAUAAAUUGCAUGUUUUGAUGAAAACUUGUAAUAAACAGCAGACAUUUUCACGGAAAACCUUUCUUUCAAACUUUGUACUGGCACA